AUGGAACUGGAAUCAAACGCGGAGAUCGAUAAACCUGGCCACCAUCACUGCCGCCGCCACCUUUCUCCGCUGUCUAUAGUCUCCAUUGCGAGAUGUCCAAGUCGAGGCCCUUCUGAGAAAUUGACAACGAUGGAGGAGUCUUACCAUCUGAUCAUUCCUCUCCCACUGCCAAAAGCCAGCACAUUCAGAGCCCCUGUUGUCAAGGGCUAA